UGGAGCAGGGACCCAAGUCGAAGAUGGUUCUCGUUCUCGCCAUGCUGGGGGCUCUGUACCCCAGGGCCGCGCUGAGCCGCCGCCUCCUCAGCCUCAUCCUGGCGGCUGCGCUCCUCUGCCCCGAGGCGCUAAGGCCCCAGCGAUCUGUUCCUGAGGAAUUUUCAGCCCCCCUGGAACUCUUGGAGCCACUUUCUGGCCUGGUGGACGGUAGUAUCUCCUCCUUCCCCUACCCCUUCCCCUCCUCUGCCCCCAGCCCUACCUGGUGGGGGAGAGAUGCCCUAGGAGAGGGCGCCCAGGUCCAGCCUGAGGGCCUUCUCGUCCCAAACGGCAUCUGCCUGGGGACGUCUUCAGUGGACGCAGAACAGAUUCUCCCUCCCGCUCAUACCCUCUUCUCUCUCCUUAGACUAUGGGGUGCGACCCAAGCACCCAUGGCCACGACGGCCUCGACCCCUUCUCUCCCGGGCCCAGCAGCGCAAGCGGGCCGGGCCGGACGUGGCCGAGUAUUAUGACGCGCACCUGUGACGGGAACCCUUAUGACGCGCACCUGUGACGGGAACCCCUCAUAAAGCUAUUCUGUGCAGCAACGGCUUGGGCUUUCCCGGGAUGGAAAGGAACCGGGCGAGGGAGGGGGUCCAAGUAGACAAGCAGAUGAGACCCACUGCGGUCCCAACAGGAAAUGGCACUUUAAUAGUUGUGGCCAGCAUACAGGACUGAGAUGGGGCUACCGCCGAAGCAGCCAAGGGGCCUGGCGGGCCCAGGCCGGGGCGGAAGCCGCCUUUUCCUGCUGAGGUGGGGCCCCCUGCGGCGCUCUCCCUCCCUGUGAGGCCGCACCCCUGCCAGGGGCUGGCAUGCCGGUGAUGGUAGGAGCCACCCAGAGGCCACACAAGUGACAGGGCUGGGGACAGGGACUGCACCCCUGCCUGCUGCUGUUUUCCUUGCUGCAAAGCCCUCGGGAGGUGGCUGGGCUCAGCCUGAGCUCAGGGCCCUCCGGGAGCUGGGGGCGGGGGUGGGGUGGGCACUCACAGGUGGCGUGAGCUUUGUAGAGGCCCGGAGGCCCUGGCAGGGAAAGUGAGGGAGGCCCAAGAUGAGACAGAACCCUCCGCUCCGAGGAUGGGCACCCUUCCUGGCCAGAGGCUUAACACCACCCCCCAGCCCCACUCCCUCCCAAUCCCUGGGCAGCCCGCUCCGUCCUCCAUAGAUGAAGCUGAUCCCAUAUAUUACGAUAAACUGCAUUUGCCUCUCCCCAUAACCCCCACCCUCCCCCACCCUCGGCCAACAGCCCCCCCGCUUCCCCAUCCUCUGGUAGUGGCAGGUGCCCCUCCUCAAGCAGUGCCAUGUCCUGUCAGCAGCCAGCCGUCCUGGCGCUGGCCCCAGGGCCCAGGGGAUGCAGAGGGCGAGGCAGCGCUGCUACUCCAGGUAGAUAUCUUCUGUGGGGCAGGUGUACUCCACGAACUGCUUGUAGAACUGCUGGAACGCUCUCCUAGGAGGCAGGCAGACACACCAGAAUGACUGGGGAGGAACAGGAUCUCGACCCAGGGUUUUCACACUGGAGCCUCGGGGUACCCGGAUGGGGCUGCGCCUCCCCCAGCCAGAGCUGCUCAGCUCUGUUCUUUGCACACAGUGUUUCCUGAGUGAGAUUUCAACUAAAGAAAGGGCCCAGCAACCAAGAAGUUCGGACCUCAAGACCACCCAGCCCUCUCUCCAGGCCUCUGUGACCCAAGGACGCCAUGCCGAGUGCCGGGGAGGCCUGAGGGAUGCUGCCAAGCAUGAGGAACGUGUUCGGGGCCUGAGACCGGGGCUGGCUACAGGGCUGGGUGUUUGGCAGGACACACACACACGUACCCCACGGAUUCUGCCAGGGCUUUGGUGGAUUCUUCAGACACAAAGACAUGGCAGGCGAACCGGUGGUCGGCAGGGUGCUUGGUGAUGAACCCAAAAUACCUGUGGGAGGACAGCAGUCUGUCUGGGCGGGACGGGAGCUCAGAACCCUCAGGCACACACGUGGACCCACGCCCUGAACCACCACCCGCGCCUUGACCUCUUCCCCGUCGUGUUCUUACUUGUUGUUCUUUGGAUGGUACCCGCAGAAAGAGAUGUUUUUUAACUGGAAAAA